AUGGAUAUCUCAACCUUGAAUAAGACUGUCAACGACGCAGCCGGGAAGGCUCAAAAGAACGAAGGUCUUUCUGCUCUGUCUUUUUUGAUCUCUUUAGCGGUAUAUGGCAGCAUCUUCCUACCGGCAACGUAUUUAUUUACCAUUUUGAAAGACAUUAACCACAAAGUCUUCCAACCACGAUGUUUGGUGGAUAUCGACAUUCUGCCAUUGCCUAAGGGCAGAGUCCUCUGGAUCAAGCACAUCUGGGAGCUCCUUAAAGAUGAUACAAAGCUAAUCAAGAAACUUGGAUUGGACUGCUACUUCUUCUUGCGGCUCCUGGAGUUGGCUAUCAAAGCUUUCACGCCCAUGACUGCUAUAAUCCUGCCAGUGCUGCUUCCUGUCAACUACACAGCCAGUAGCGCAAGGAUUGGAGGCCUCGACAGGUUCAGCAUAUCAAACAUCCAACGAGGACAACAUACAAGAUGGUGGAUUACAGCCUUCGUCUCGUCACUUGUUCAUAUCUACUUGUGGCGCCUUCUGAUUUUCGAAUUUAAGAGAGUCGUUAAAAUAAGGCAGGAUUUUCUUUAUGGUUUCUCCCAAGCUCGAGCAGUGACCACAAUCCUGGUUACGGAGAUACCACCUCAGAUGUGGAACGUAGAAGACUUGCGACUAGUAUAUUCGGCCUAUAACGGAGGACCGGUGGAUAUAAUCCUUCCGAAGGCAGGAACCUGUCAAAGUAUGGAAAAUGGACUGAAAAACCUCUAUCGAGACCUUGACAGUUUGAAGCAAAUAGAUUCAGAUAUGUCUCAUACAGGAUACUUUCACUCUGAUAUUGGAAGAUUUUUCAGACAACUCAGAAGAGAAGGCAUUCUUAGAUGGCAAAUCCGAAAUUUACGAAGGGACAUAGAACGGAUCAAGAGCAUUGCAAUAUUUUACUUCUCCGAUCUCUUCACAGCCCACCUUCUGUUACAGGCAAGAGCGUCGUCCUCGCCCAUGGAGCUAGAAGCCCAUAUAGUCGACGCCAACACGGUGACUUCAGAGUCAGUCAUUUACCAAAACAGAUAUUUCAGAGCUCUGUGGAAUAUUGCUAUGGCGAUAUCUCUAAAUAUAUUAGCUAUACUUUGGGUAGUUCCUAUAUCUCUAACAGGACUAUUGUCGCAGUUGGUGUAUUUGGACUGUAUCAGCUCGAGCCUGAGCGGCCUCUCCGUCUACCAGUUGGGUGCAAUUCAAGGGUUGGCUCCUCAGGUGGCAGCGUCAAUUCUCAUGUACAGCUUUCCCGUAAUUCUUCAAUUUGUGACGAAAUAUUAUCUUGUCUUUGAACAUCUGUCUGUCGAAAUCUUUCUUCAGAGGCAUUACUUUAUUUUCCUUUUUACUCAACUCUUUCUAGUAGUAUCGAUAUCUUCGAGCGUGACCACAAUGAUCCCCGAGAUUGCCAACGAUAUCCAAUCAGUGCCUUCGGUGUUGGCCAAAAAUUUGCCAAAGGCAAGUAACUAUUUUUACUCUUACCUCCUAUUACAAGCUAUCACACAAAGUGUCAUGGUGUUAUUCCAGUUACCAGGCAGCCUAUGGGCAUGUAUGCAACAGCGUUGGAAAGAGAACUCACCACGAACAGUCCGGUGGAGUCUGCUUUACCCAGUUUUUACGAAUCUUAUCUGUAUAUGCAUCAUCUUCUCUGUCAUAUCUCCACUAAUAUUACUUAUUGGGACAGUAGUUUUUGGGGUUUUUCUUGUAGUCCAUUCCUACCAGGCUAUCUAUGUUCAUGAAACAGAAAAAGAUACCGCGGGCAUGUUGUAUUGGGAGUCACUAAAUCAGCUCUUUGUUGGUAUAUAUACAAUGGACCUCUUUCUCAUAGGAAUCUUUGUGUUGGGGAAUGCUCUCGGACCGUCAGUUGUUGCUGCUGUGCUAUUGGUCGCAUCUGCAUUGGUACACAACCAUGUCAGGACAAGGCUGCAUUCUCUCGUCAAGUUUGCGUCUACGAGCAGAUGUGUAUAG